AUGAAUUCUCGAAUCUCGCAUACUCAAGGAUCUCAUUCGUAUACUUUGCAGGGUAUCAUUUUACCCCAUGAGAAUACGGUAUAUGAGCCUCAGACUUUGUAUCAACAAUAUGGUAUCGCUAGCACUUGCAUGCCAAUGGUAGUACCUUAUUCUCAAUCUACCCCAGGAACUGUAUUCAAUUAUUAUCAAGUUUAUAAUAUAAACGAACCCUUGAACUUUUAUUAUAAUGAUAUUCAUAUCUAUUGUAAAGAAGUAGAAGUAUUAUUAACAGACGAAACAAUCGAAUGUUUAAACAUUGAUAUUCAUAAUCCCAUUCAAUAUAGUAGUAAUUUUUAUAAAUUUUAUUAUAUACAACCAGUUACUCUGAAUUUUUAUGAAGUAUUUUGUACAAUCUACAACGAUGAGAACCCGGAGCGAGAAUUUUCCAAGAAAAAUCAAGAAAGUAUUGAAUUUUGUUUAAAUAAUUAUUUGGGUCCAAUCAAACAAGGCGAAUCUUCUAAUGGAAGCGAAAGCCUCCAAUCUAAAACAACAAAAAAUGUUCCAUGUAAAUGGGAUGUUUUAACAAUUCAAUCUUUGCUUACAUAUUUGGAAGCAAAUGAGAAGGAGGUCCGAAAACUAAGAUUCCGUGGUCGUAAAGUAAAAGAAGUUAAAAAGAAGCUUUGGAAAGGGGCGUCCGAUUACCUGCGAUGCAAAUAUCAUAAUAAACAGUGUGAAAUUUAG